AUGGCAUCAAAUGUAGCUGGCUUGAUUCGAAAGCCGGGGUAUUUGAUUACAAUCGAGGCCGUUGACCAGUGGGUUCCAGCCGAGGGUGAGCUGCUGGUGCGGGUCGAGGCUAUCAACUUCAACCCCAUCGACACAAAACUGCAGAGGUCCGAUCUAUUCCAAUCCACAUAUCCGCUGGUUGUCGGAUUCACCUUUGCCGGAACGGUGAUCGCCACCGGACAAGGCAUGGAGUCGGUCCAGAGCGGCGAUCGAGUCGUGGUGGCGCGUUGGGGUCGGACAGGGGGCGAUCACCGAUUCGGUGCCCUGCAGCGAUACGCCCUGGCUCGGGAGCAGAAUACGCUUCGCCUCGCGCUGGAGAGCACUACCUUGGAGGCCGCCUCGGGGUUGAUUGCGAACCUGGCGACCGUGGUCUCGGCGCUCAGUAUCCAUAUGGGCCUUGCGAAACCGGUCCUGAAUAGUAGUGGUGGACUACUCCCUCCUUCAAACCCCAACAAGGACGCCAGGAGGAAACGAGUUCUUGUGUACGGCGGAUCCUCGGCGGUUGGAGGGCUGGCCGUGCAAUAUGCGGCAGCGGCCGGGUAUGAGGUUGUCACCACCGCCUCGCCGGCCAAUCGUCCGUUGGUGGAGGCACGCAAGGCUGCUACACAUAUCAUCGAUCAUUGUCAAUCCCGAGAAGAUCUCCUCGAUGAGAUCCGAGCCCAUGGUCCAUAUGACGGGGGGAUCUUCGAGGCCAUUGGAUCCCAGACGACCACCCAGCUCAUGGCGGACUUACUGCGGGAUACCGGCGGUCAGUUCUUUUCGACCAGCCCAUCCCCUGGAGAUGAUCGGCUCCCAGACAAUGUGACCAAGACGUGGUCAGGUUACAGUGAGGACUUGGUCUCAAACCCAGAGAACCGGGAGUUGCGUACAUGGUAUAUGGAGCGGUUUCUACCCCGGGUUCUGAAGGAUGGAACGAUUUGGCCGAACCCGGCACUGUGGCUCCCGGGAGGGCUCCGCUCCGCUCAAAGGGCAUUGGAUAUGUUGCAUGAGGGGAGGAUCAGUGGAAAGAAGGUCUUAAUCAAUCCCCAAGAGUAA